AUGCCCAGCUCGGUUGAGGAUAAUGCAGACCCGCCUCAGGCUACCCGACACGGCUUUGCAGUCCAAGGUGCACGUCCUACCCAGUCGCUGAGGGUUCCUCCCGUCCCCUUCAGUGUCCGUGGUUCCCCCCCGGUGCCCGAUAGAUGCAGUCUUGGUGCUGGCGUCAAAUUGGUUCCAAAUGGAACCUCAUUCCCUUUGUCCCCCUUUGCCCUCACACUUUGCCCCGUGGCUUCCCUGACCAACAGCUCCGGUGAAGGACGGUUUCUGCUCCAGAAGACAGUGCACGAUGGCAGCCCGCCCCCGGCCGCGCCCAGCCCCGCGCUGUGUCGGACGCCCCGCUCCACCCGCCGCAGGGCCCCCGCGGGGGAGGAAAGCGACCGGGGCGCGGCUCUGGGCUACCGGCGGCAGCUCCCGCGGCGGCGGCGGCGGCGGAUCCGGACGCGACGUGGAAUGGAGACAGACAAGCAGGGCUGCGCGCGCGCGUGGUGGCACAUGGUCGCGUGGAACCUGAGAUCUUUUCCAUACUCCUGUUCAACACUCAGAAGGAAAAUUGCCACUCUGUGUGACAGCUUUACAAGUAAAUCAUUAAACGAACAUAUUUUCCCUCCUCUGAUGCACAUGUUGAUUUUUUUCAACUUUUGAGUAUUCAAAGCACCAUUUCUUGUGGAUUUAAAGAAACCGGAGUUAAAGAUUCCUCACACAGUGAACUUCUACAUCAAAGUUGAACCUGGUGUGAGUCUGGGAAUCUGGCACACAGUUUCUAGCUGCCGGUGGGGGGAGGAUGCUAAGGGGAAGGGCCGUAGCUGCUACGAAGCAGCCCUCCAUGACGGCAACCCAAUUAUUGUUUAUCUUCAUGGCAGUGCAGAACACAAGUCAGUUGCCCUUUUACUUAAGCUCUCCAAGGUGCUGAGCGACGGUGGUUUUCAUGUCUUGUCUGUUGACUACGGAGGGUUCGGGGACUUGACGGGUAAACCCACGGAGGAUGGGCUGACUGUGGAUGCUGUUUUUGUCUAUGAAUGGACCGAGGCGAGAAAUGGUACCACCCCUGUGUGUCUCUGGGGCCACUCUCUGGGAACAGGAGUUGCAACAAAUGCUGCAAAAGUUCCAGAAGAGAAAGGAUUUCCAGUUGAUGCUAUUAUUUUGGAGGCUCCAUUUACCAACAUAUGGGUUGCAAGUAUCAAUUAUCCCUUGUUAAAGGUUUACUGGAAACUUCCAGGAUUUUUAAGCACAGUUAUGGAUGCCCUGAGGAAAGACGAACUAGUCUUCCCCAGUGAUGAAAAUGUUAAAUUCCUGUCUUCUCCCCUUAUCAUACACGGUGAGGGUGACAAAACGGUGCCUUUGGAAUUUGGAAAAAAGCUCUAUGGAAUUGCACACAAUGCAUAAAGGAACAGAGAGAGGGUGAAGAUGGUGAUCUUUCCUCCUGGCCUCCAACACAACUUCCUGUGUAAAAGCACCACCCUGUUAAAAACCGUGAGAGAUUUCCUGAGCCAGCAGUUGGGCGUGAGGUCUGAGUACAGCAGAGAGCGAAGACUUCGUCCAAACACCACUUGUGGUGUAUAUUUUUAA